UAUUUGCUUUUGUAAGCUUUUCUAAAGUCCAAAACGACAGACUGUGUUUGGGUUGCCUGUGUAGUGGUAACGACUUAUCGCAAAGGUUCAUGGGUAAUUAAAAAUAACCGCCAACUUCAAAAUAAUCUCGGUUUGGAUUUCGUUCUUUUUCGAAAAAGGCGCCCAAACACUCGCUCGAUUUUCUUUUUCUCUCCAUCUAAUUUUGCUGGGUGUUCAUUGAUUUACAUUCUUCGUAAAUCGGAGAGUUUUUUCUUGGGAUUCCACUGGAGAAUUUAGAAUUUAUUUUUCGAAUGUAGUCGUUGGACUGUUGAUAAGUGCGUCUGUCCUGUGUCGUGUCAGUUGUAAGUUAAUUUAUUUAUACUCGAUCGUGUUUACAGUAAAAAAGAAUGAAUCGAGAAAGAGCUGAUGCACUUCUUCAGUGGGUCAAUUCUGUGUCUGGUACGACAGUAAAAUCAAUCAAAGACUUUUCGAACCAAGAAAAUGCAAAAAUUCUUAUAGAUGUCCUGCACCUAAUUGAUAAGGAUAAUUGGAAUGAAGGUACCAAGGCACAAGACAGCACUGUUCAGGAAAUGGUGUCCUACAUUAUAGCUUAUCUUGGAGGAAUUUAUGAUAACUUGGAUGGCAUUGUUUCUAGCAAUCUCAUUGUGUCAAGAGGAGAUGAGCUGGAAAUUGGAAAGCUUAUAAUUUUGCUGCUGUGUGGAGCAGUCCAGGGUAACAAUGUUCCCCAUUUCAUUGAGAAGAUACACAAACUUGACAACAAGGUUCAGUUCCAUUUAAAGGUUAUAAUAGAGAACAUCCUACAACAAGUAGAGAGUGGGCAGCUAUGUUCAAGGUCGUUAACAGAUCUACUUCAUGAACAAG